GCAUUAAUGAAGAGGCAGUAUCGGUUGUACUCGUCAAGGACCGGUUGGGCCGAUAAGGUCCACAGGAAAGGAAAAUUUAUGUUUGUACAUAUACAUGAUGGCUUAACUACCGGAUCGUUGCAAAUCGUCGUUCCACGAAGUGUUUGCAAAUCGGUGACGGUAGGAAGUGCAGUUAAGGCGAAUGGUAAAUGGGUUAAAAGUGAGGGAGCACAGCAAGAUAUGGAGCUCUUUGCCACUGAUUUUGUGGUAGUUGGGCCGAACACAUAUCAGCGAACACUGGUCAUUAAGUUUACCGUCACUUGUAUUUCUUGUCAGAGCACUCAAGGCUUUGUUCAUGUUGAUCCACCCGUAUUAUCGCUUAAUGACUGUGAAGGAGGAGGCGACGUUUUUGUUGUGGAUGUAAGUGAUUACUCCAAUUUCAGUGGGAUCCCUAAAGUUUACACGAUUGGGAAUACGUUUCGGGCUGAGAAGUCACUUACAAGACAUCAUUUAGCAGAAUUUCAAAUGUUGGAAGCAGAAGUUGGUUUCGUGGACAAGAUUGAAGAAGUUUGUGAUUUGGUUGAAAAAUAUAUUGGUUAUAUUGGUUUUAAACCUCUGUUGUUGUCUUUCUCUUCUGCCACCUUUCCAAGGUUGUCUUUCGUAGAAGCUAAAUCUAUCUUAGACAGACAAGGCGAGUGUUUUUCCGGAAAAGGUUUAACGAAACAGCAGGAAUUGGCGCUUGUGGAAUAUUGCAAGUCUCCUGUUUUUGUGACUCAUUUUCCGCACAGCCAACGGGCGUUCUACAUGCGUCGCACUCCUGAUGGAGCAAAUGCUGAAUGUUUCGACCUGUUAUCUGGUGUUGUUGGCGAAUUGGUUGGGGGUUCGUUGAGAGAAAAUGAUCCUAACGAAUUACGAUCCAGAAAUUGUGGGCCUUCUCUGGACUGGUAUAUCAAUCUUCGGGAGCAAGGCCAGCCUCCUUCUGGAGGUUUUGGUAUUGGUAUUGAGAGGUUUUUACAAACACUUCUGGGCAUACCGAAUAUUAGAGAUACGGUGGCGUUCCCAAGAUGGUGUCACCGACACUGCAAUUUACAAUGCAUUGUGUAA